AUACACAUCAUAAUAAUUGUAAAUUUUAUACAUGUACGCGGAUAGUAUAUAGAAUAUUACUUACAUGAGCAGUUGAUAUAACAAAUCCGAUUAUUUCUGAGUUCACUCCCAAGUCUUUCUUGGUACCUACGUGAGUAAUAAUUCUUGACAUUUUCAAGAAUAAGAAUUAUGUCUCUAUUAUCGACACUGGAAUUCAAGAAUGAUUUUUAUGAAGAAAUGGUAAAUUUAUAAUCAAUAUAUAAUUAUACAGAAACUCACUUCUAAAAAAUCUAAAAAAUAUAGAUUGUAUACUACUAGUUUAGAACCUUAGAAACCUCACGCAAUCAAACAGAUAAGCCCAGUGUAGAGGACAAGAGCAAUAAUGAAAGAAAAUGAUAAAAAAAAAUCGGUUAAUCAGUAUAUUGCAUAAUACAUGUAAUUAUUCAAAUGUCAUUGGUAGGAAAAAAGUUUUAAUGUUCUGUUCAAGUUCCGGUGGCUAUCAAACAUCUCGGGUUUUAAAGCAAAGCUAGCGAUAUUGGGUUCCGGUAAGAUAAGGUCCUACAAGCGUAUUAUCGUAUUUACACACGUCUAAGGUUUACUCUUUGUGUGUCUGUCAUUGCGUGUUUGCACACAUAAUCGACGUGCUGAAUACCGAACCAGUGUGCGGAUCUAGCUUCUCGUCUCUGCCAAUGGUACCUGAAGAAUUUAAAGUUCUCUGUAAACAGGCACGGGGGUAUCAGUAUUGAAGUCGAUGUUAUAUACCACUGAAGGUACAUGUAUAUUAUGUCGGGUCCUCUAACAGCAAUUAGAUCAAAUUACAACUAGAUUGCUUUAUUUUGUCUGAUCUGAUAUUGGCAUUCAGUCACUAAAUAUUUCCUUUGCAGUUGCAACUCCGGAAAGAAGUAAUUAAUAACCUUCUGUAAAAUGUCGUUGCAAACCGGACCGAUAGUUAGACGCUGUAGCAUAGUGUUGUUCUUGGUUGGCCUCUCAUUGGGGACACAAAACGAUGGAGCGGACAACGUGGGGGAUAGCGGUGACUACUGUGAUGCAGACGGUUGUGGAGCCGUGAGAAGAAAACUAGUGUAUAACGAGGAUUCUGUCAGUCUGGCCAUCACGGAAAACGGAGUCAAAUUCAUAGAACAAUUCCUCCCGAGUUCCCUAAAAUCUCUUCCAUCGACCGACUGUCGUGAAUCUCGAGGCGACUUUUGCCUGACGUGGGGGGAUUCCAUUAAAGCAGUCGUGAAAAGGAAAGCCCUAAAAGGCCAUGGAUGUUUUGAGAUGAAUUUCAGUUCGAGACCAACAUCGAACACACUUCCAACCUCGUGUAUUCCACUAGAUGGUGCCGCUUGGUACGGUGGGGCAGAAUUGCACACACAGAGAUGGCCUCUAAAUGACGUGGACCUGCCGAUGCAACCGUUCAUUUCAAAUGAUAUCGUUCCGGAAAAGUCAUCUUUUGGCAACGUACUUGAACCAUACUGGAUUAACUCUAAAGGAGUUGGGCUCUUCGUCGAUGACAGUACUCCGCUGCAUGUUGCAAUCAACGAAAAGAAAUCGCGCUUUUUGUGUCUUCAGGCAAAAUAUCAGGAGCCGCACUUUCCAAGAGCUAUGUCGGAGUAUAUAACACUUAAUUAUACAAUAUGCAAGCAGAGAAAUGUGCGGGAAAUAAGAAAUUUUGUUCAUGAUUUAUUAUUUGAUAUUCCAAGUGGUAUGCCAGACAAAAGAAUGAUGAAAAGUCCAAUUUGGUCGACGUGGGCUAGGUAUAAAACUUUAAUAAACCAAACCAAAGUUUUACAACUAGCUGCAGAAAUAAAAUCACACGGGUUUUCCAACAGUCAGAUAGAAAUCGACGAUAAACUCACAACAAAAUACGGAGAUUUUGACUUUGACCCCGAGAAGUUUCCUGACCCUCUAGGAAUGGUCCAGCAGCUGAAAACAGACGGAUUCCGAACAACAGUUUGGAUAACACCUUUUGCGAAUUUAGAUUCCGAUGCUUUCAUGGAAGGAGUCGAAAAAGGAUAUUGGUUGCGAGAUGUCUCCGGCAAGGUCCCAGCGCUUGUGAAGUGGUGGCAAGGUAUCGGAGGCAUUAUCGAUGUCACCAACGAGGACGCCAUAGAAUGGUUCGUCGGACGUCUGCGUGAAAUGCAAACCGAGUUUCAUAUUGACUCCUUCAAGUUCGAUGCUGGUGAGAUGACGUACCUUCCAUCAUCUUACUCCACGAAAUACAGGUUAGGAAAUCCGGGUUUCUUCACAACUCUGUACGUGGAUAUGGUCUCAAGGUUUGGCGAUAUGAUUGAGGUCCGUUGUGGGUACAAAUCACAGAGACACCCAGUGUUUGUUCGAAUGGGAGAUAAAGAGUCCAACUGGGGUUAUGAGAAUGGAUUUAAAAGUCUUAUACCCACAAUUCUCACUCUUGGAAUUCUGGGAUAUCCUUAUGUUCUUCCGGAUAUGAUAGGCGGGAACGGCUAUGGAGAAAACCUAGGCAUUGACGUUGUUUUACCAGAAAGGGAACUCUAUAUUCGCUGGUUGCAGCUUUCUGCUUACCUACCCUCCAUGCAAUUUUCCUUUGUUCCUUGGGACUUUGACGAGGAGGUGGUAGAGAUCGCUAGGGAGAUGGUCAAAGUUCACGAGGAUAUCGUGACUCCUCUACUGUACCAAGCCUCCACUGAGGCCCAAAAGUCAGGGGCCCCUCUUAUACGACCGUUGUGGUGGAUAGAACCUGAUGCUGAAGAGGCACUGAAUUGUGACGAUGAAUUUCUGGUCGGAGACUCAUUGUUGGUCGCUCCGAUCACAGAUCGAGGCUCAAGGUCACGUGACAUAUACAUUCCACGUGGAGAGUGGCGCGAUAACCUUCGAAAUAGGAAGGUCACUGGACCAGUUACCCUCCGUAACUACGAAAUCUCUUUACAACAAAUAGCCACUUUUGAUCGUAUAAAACAAUGAUCAGUAGUUUAAACCAGGUGUGUUUGGUUUUCUAAUUGAUUUGUUUUCUUUUUUGUUUGUGACAAAAUAAAUCUGUUGAUCGUCGUUAAAAUUAA